AUGUCGAGAAAAAGAGGAAUUUUGAGUAUUGAAGGUCUUCCUGACAUUGUGAAAGGGAAAUCUAUUGCAGACUCUUGUCUUCGGCAUGAGCUUGCAACCAAAUUUGUUGCUACACUUCUUCCCUUUAACGAGGAAGUAAUAAGUAUCAUUGAUGAUGCCACACACCAGUCUGAGGGGAUACAAGGGGCAUCUAAGCAACCCAUUGUUGAGAUGUAUGAUUAUGAUGACCCCAUUGCUAGCUUUCAAGGAAAAAUUCUUGCAACCAACAAAGUCUUUGUUCCUAAGUGGAAUCUCAACCAUGACUCUCGUAUUUCUAAUCAUGAGGUUGCUGCAGAGUUUUCUCAUCAUGAUUUUCCCAAAGAUAUUGUUUAUAAAAUGGAGGCCUUUUCUGAUGAUCAAACAAUUGAUAUUAUGGAGUUUUCUUCUACUUGGAUUGCCUUUUGCUCUAUUGUUGGAUCCCGACAUAUUCGACACCUUAAGAUAAUUGUGGUUAAACUUCAUGCGAAUGAAAAGAGCGCUCAACAACAUGUUGCCUCUCUUGAAGUUAAGGUUGAUUCUUCUCAUCAGCAACGGGAUUUACUGGUUGGUGAGAAGAUGAAUUUUAAGGAGUGUUGCACUAAUGUGGAGAUAAAUCUUGACACUCUUCAUAGAAAUGAAGCCCUGAGUAUUUGA